CGGGAACAACAGUUACAUGACAUUGAUGUUCUUCACAACAACUUUCGACAGAUACGAUUUUUUUUUGCAAACAAAUUUUCUGCCCAUUUCAAUAUCAACACAAUACGCCCAACUCAUUCCAAUUUUAACCGUUUACCUGAGUGCACGCAUAUUUGAAUUGACUGUGGCAACAUUUUUUUUUUGCAAGUCUUCAAGUAAAUUGAUUAAGAAAAAGUUCCAUUGAAAUCAGGUCAUUAAAAUAUGGCUGACUCUUUGGAAAACCGAGUGCAACUUGCUGAUGAAACCAUCACAAAAAUGAUGGCCGAUGUCAGCGAAUGGAAAGUGUUGAACGACCGUUUGAUUGCUCAACUGGAACAAAUGAAAGAAGUCAGAGAAGAGUUUCAACUCAUUCGCAAAGGAGUCAUUGAUGAUUAUUACCAAAGUGUUAUUGCCACCAUGCUGGAAAGCAGUUCAUCGGAGGAUGAUGCAUGUGACACCAACAAAAAAAAAGUGCAAAACCAAAAUGAUUUACACUCACCGUCAACAACGGAAGACACCAACGCCAACAAACGCCAAUGACGUUAGCCCACAUCCUGAUUACACAAUU